CGGGGCCCUAGACCCCCGCAGGAGGACGCCGGCCACCCGGCCGCGGGGCCACCCUGCCCGGCCCUGGCCGCGACCCCCCCGCCCGCAGCAUGGCCGGUGACCGAUUGCACAGAAACUCCACAAACGGGCCCUUUCCGUCGAGCUCGAAAGAAAAAAAAAAAAAAAACGAUUUAAGUGCCGCCGACCUGUUGCCUCACGUUGGCCAGAGGCGGGGAAGCAGCAAGGAAAAAUUCUGCAGCAGGGACUUGACUGGCCUCAGUCUUCAAGGAGCCAGUGUUUGCUCAGGGCCCCAAGCCCAGGAUCACUCAGAGAACCUUCUCUGGAUGGGCUUGGAUUGGUCCCGGAGGACCCAGGUGUACUGCUACCUGGUGCACCGGGAUGGCCAGGCAUGGCCCCAAGGGGAGCCAGGAAAGACCCCUGUCCCACAGCUGCUCUGCCACUGGUUGCUCUUGGUCCCCACGCUCUGAAUUCCUGGACCUGAAAACCAAAGCAAUCUGGUCAGCCCCAGGGACAGAGUGGCCCAGUGUCACACCUCCUGCUUUCCUCAGCUGCCAAGCUGGAAGCCUGAUCCUGAUUGAAGAGCUCUGCCUGCCUCACCCCGGGGACUGAGGCCAGACGAAGCCACCAUGUGUCCCCUGCAGCUCCCCACAGGGUGUGAUGGCUUCCUUCCUUGUGCCUAGUGCCCUGGGGUCCCUGAUCCGGGUGGAACCUCCCAUACCCCAACCCUUUCCACCGAGGUCCAGUUCGGUGAGCCUGCCAGCCUGCUGACUCCAUCUACAGAUGUCUGGGGACAGCCUUCAACAGCCACCUGAGGCUGUCUGAGAGGAGAGGACGAGGGGCCUCCUUAGGGCUGAUCCACUGAUGUGCCCCUUUCAAGACCCCCGUCUCACCCUCGAGCGACCGGCUCCCCAGCUGCAGCCUUGUGGCUCAGGUGGAGCUGCCUGGGGCCUGUGACAUCUCUUACCGGCUGGGAGAGGGUUGGGGGGAGCCUCAGGGCCCCUGGCCCGCGGCCCCUCCCCUGCAGAAAGCUCCAUCCUGUGCCACCCCCUCCCCCAGGGUAUAGGGUGUCCCUGCGCAGCCCUCAAGGGUCAGGGGAGGGGCAGGGGAGGGGAUGCACGUCUUUCGCCCCGUGUUCCUGCCACUGCUUUCCUGACCGGUUUGGCCUUGAGUACUUAGCGCGCUUCUUCCCCACCCCUUCCCUCUCCCGCACUGGGCCCUGGCUGCCUGACAGGCUCUCCAUGCACUUUAUUUAUUUGCAGUCUGUGUUCCAGGCGGCAGAGCUUCUACAGCAUCAGAGCCACGGGCUGAAUAUGAUGACUGUCACUUUCCCGUGUGUGAUUAACUGCUGGUCAGCGCCCUCUGCUCAGAGGAAUGGGCUCGUUUCUGCUGUCAAAUCCUGUCACUCUAAGUUAAAAAGAAAACCUUCCCUAAGUUCAAUAAAAUGAAAUACAAGUGGAGGCCAUC